AUGCUCUGCGCAAUUUCCGGAGAGGCACCCCAGGUGCCGGUCGUCUCGCCGAAGAGCGGCAGCGUCUUUGAGAAGCGCCUUGUUGAAGCAUACAUUGCCGAACAUGGCAAAGACCCCGUCAACGGUGAAGAGCUCUCUGCCGAAGAUUUAAUCGAUGUCAAGUCGCAACGCGUUGUUCGACCUCGCCCUCCCACCCUCACUUCAAUUCCAUCUCUUCUCAGUGUUUUCCAGGAGGAAUGGGAUGCCCUUGCUCUUGAAACAUAUACCCUUCAGCAGAACUUGGCACAGACUCGGCGAGAACUCAGUGCGGCGCUUUACCAACACGAUGCGGCCGUGCGAGUGAUUGCGCGACUGACCAAGGAGCGUGAUGAGGCCCGUGACGCGCUCUCAAAGGUCACUGUUGGCGCUACCCGCUCCAGUGGUGAGGCUAUGCAGGUUGACUCUGCCGGUUUGCCCCAGGCAGUAUUGGAGCGAGUGGAAAACACACAGGCUGCUCUGUCUAAGACGCGUCGGAAGCGCCCAGUGCCCGAGGGCUGGGCCAACACCGAGGCUAUCUCUGCCUUGAAGCCCAUUGAAACCUCAGAGCCUCUCUAUCCUGGCGGCCGUGCCCUUUCCAUUAAUGCCAGUGGAGAUUUGGCACUUGUCGGCGGUGUUGACGGCGUUGUUGGUGUCUACUCCAUUUCCAAGAAUGUCGUUGUACAGACGUUGAAGGUCGACGGUCCGGUGACCGAUGCCGCCUGGGCCGGCGACAAGGCGGUUGUUGGUUCUGCCACUGGUUCGGUCAAGGUUUUCGAAAAUGGCGGUGCAGUUGCUAGCUUUUCAUCUCAUGCCGGCGAGGUGACUGCACUUGCAAUUCAUGCAACUGGCGAUAUUGUCGCUUCCGUUGGUGUUGAUAAGAGCUAUGUCCUCUAUGAUCUGGUAACUGGCACUGUUAUCAACCAAAUUUUCACUGAUGCUGGUAAGAACUAUUCUCUCGACUUGGGCGAUAGUUGCCAAAACACUGACCCUUUUUCUCAAGCUUUGUUGUCUGUACACUUUCACCCUGAUGGCCACCUUCUGGCAGCUGGUAGUGCGAACGGCCAAGUCAAGAUCUUCGAUGUCAAGACCGGAGCCGCUGCUGCCGAAUACGCGAUGACUGGGUCCGUGAAGGGGCUUUUCUUCUCCGAGAAUGGUACGUUCUUGGCUGCCGUGGCCGCAGAGUCCACCACCGUAUCGAUCUGGGAUCUUCGCAGCUCCAAGGAAACCAAGGUGCUGGACACCGGGAACCAAAUUUACUCGCUAUCCUGGGAUUACACUGGUCAAUUCCUCUUGACAGGUGGUCCCAGCGGCGUGACUGUCCAACAAUUUAACAAGGCUUCGAAGGAGUGGUCAGAGCCUCUACGGAGUGCCGUGCCAGCUGUGGCUGUGGCUUGGGGAUCUGCUGCUCAGAGCAUUGUGGCCUUGAGCGAGAGUGGUGCAGUUACCGUGCUUGCCGCAUAG